CACGCUGUGAGUUCAGAGGGGUGGUCCCACCUCUGCCAUUGCGGUGGUGACCGGCGUUUAGCGAUGGCUGAGAGCAGCUCUCUCUUUGUCCCUGUAACUCUUGUCCCUCUCCAUGGCCUCAAGGUCCUGGUGGCCGGAGUCUCCCUGCUCACCGUGAUCCGACACCUACGGGCCGGCAGACGACGCUUGCGGUGGAGGAGAUGGUGGCAGCAAGCAGUGGCACCGGAGCCAGGUGCCGAGAGACAGGCGGCCGGGCACUGGAGCCCCUGCAGUGAGGCCGACGAGGAGCUCCAGCAGCUGCUGCUGUCGGGGCUGCCUGGGCACAGGCCUGUGCUGGGCCCUGACUUCAUGCAGGCGGCCUGGAGGAGCCUGGAGGAGCUGGUGGAGCGGAACAGCCUGUCAUGCCACUGCUGCAGCUCCCCUGAGGUCCAGAGCUGUCCCGGAAACGGCAAAGUUGACGCCUCGAACGUGCCCCGCAGAUCUGCGUGGAGAGCUGAAACCCACAAAGCCCUCAAAAUGCACGUGGCCCGGAAAAGCCUGGAAGUGCAACUGGGGGCCCUGCCCGAACGGCUCUUGCUCUCCCAGCAGCAGGCAAGGGGAAGACAAUGCCGCCGCAUCCUGCCCAAGCUCAUCAAGCCAGGGCAGACCCAGCCUCUGCUGCGGCAACGCCUGUCCCCCUUCCUGCAGGCCAAGGGCGACUGCAUUGCAGGCAACAUUCUCCACAAGCAAGAGCUAAGAGAGUGGAAUGAACCCAACCCUACAGAGAAGUCCGUGAACCUGCUGGUGCCGUGCCCCCCCCCUCUUCUGCUUCCCCGGAACGUGGGUCUAACCGGGAAGGUCGUCCAGAGGAAAGCUCAUUUCCAGGGCCAGGCUGAGGCACAGGGGCAUCCCACAAAGAGGCAGCAGUGCCGCCCCAAGGAGUCGGCAAAGAUUCCUUUGCCUCCGAGCCACGCAGCAGCCAAGGAGCAAGAGCGUCCCACGGCUAGCGCAGCGCCUCCUGGCCCGGCCAGCACAUCGCUGCUAAAGGACGCCAGCUGUCAAACGGACUCUGCAGGCCCGCGUGUGGGUGACAUCAAAGCCAGGAGCCAGCGCCGCAGCGCAGCGCUUGCUAUCAUCUCCAAGCUGCAGCUCAGUCAGGCGGCUUUUGGGAAGCUCUCCAUGCACACGGCCAGAAAAUGCCUGGAGGUAAAGCUUCAACGCUUCCCUGCGGUGGUGCGGAGGUCCAUGCAGCAGCAGCGUGGGGCGCCCCUUGCCUGCCCAGCUGGCACCAGAGCACCGAGAUCCCAGACGGUUCGUAGAUACUUCCACAGCCGUCAGGCUCUGUUCCUGAAUGAGGAGCAGCGCGAGUGCCUGGAGCUGCACAUCCGCUCCAUGAAGCUGGAGCGCCUUGGGAACCGCCUCAUCUCAGGCAGUCCAUUGAAGCCAGCAGUGUCCCAGGAGGAAGAAUCUGCCAGCACGUAUGUGACCGCACCAUCCGAGGCAUCUUGGGCUGAGGCAAGCCCCAAAGGCCACAAGCGGCAGCCCCGGAAGGGGAAGAAGUGCCCUAGCAGAGGCAAGAGCACGCGGAGUGCCAAAGUGGCAGGCAGCAGCUUUCCAUCUGCCAGGGUAACAUUCUGUGGGGUGCAAGAGACCACCACCAGCUACCGCACCUCACUGUUAUACAGAGACCCUGACAGUGGACAGUUGUACCCACUGACCGUGGCCGCACCAACUAACAAGAAGGUUUUGAGGAAGAUACGCGUGAUACCCCAAACACCGCGGAUCUCUCCCUCUAAGCCCAUCCAUGUGUUCAUCAGGGAGAGGAAAGGCCAGGCUCGGUAGCGCCGUCUGUCCAAAACAAUCUUUUUUUUUUUCUUUUUUUUUUCUUUUUCCUAAAUAAAUAAGUGUAUCUA